AUGGCUUCUUCUUCCUCCAUUCGACAAACCGAUAACACGGUUCCGCUUUCCCCUGCAAACAAUAAACAUGUGUUUGGUGGAGAUGAAGAUAUACACCCAGAAAUUGUUUCAGCUCUGUUUUUGGCACCUUGGCUGAUUUUGGGGGUGAUUGGGGAUACUUGGUCUGUUAUUGCAUUCAUGAGAACGAUCAACCUUGAGUCGAAGCUGGGAACUGGUGCUUGUUAUGCGAUUGCUCUUGCAGUUGAACUCGUCAGUCUUUUUUCAUUCAUACCUUGGUGUUUCCCACAUGAGCUGCCUCGCCUGGGAUCUGCUCGGAAAAUCAUCCUGGAGAUGGUUGUUCUACAAGCUGCAAUGCUUGCUAAGCAUUUCCCUCAGCCUCAUCAAGACCAUUCUUUGGUGUAUCAGUUAUUGGUAGCACUGACGAUAUUGGUCUGCGUUCGAACAAAACACGGAUUCGUUUUCAUGGAUGUCUAUUUCGGAGAUGUCUUCUGGGCGAUCGUGGCGGAGAGUUUGAUUUAUUGGACACCACUUUGGGGCUCGGUUCUCUUCUAUCUAUGUUUUGUCGGCUACAUAUUCUGGACUUCCGGCGAGAAUAAUACAACCGGCGGUGACGGUCAAUCGUCUGCUGAUCAAGUACCUAUUCCUAAAGCAAUUGAAGAAAAUCUGGCAACACAAGAAGUCUCUUCAAAACAGAAGGAGGAGGAUGUUCAACUAAUGCAACAAAAGGAAUCCGAACAAAUUAUCGUAGCGAUAGUGACACCAAAUAGUUAG